AUGUUCAGACGAAAAGACAAAUCUCAUAGCCAUGCUGGCGCCAAGCUGGGCUUAGCAAUUUCCUCGCCUAUAACCACAGUGAAAAAUAACUCUGAGAUUAUUUAUGUCUCGUCAGAUGCUAACACCAACUUUUCAAGAAUGUCAACUAGUAGUUCCUCUUCAAACUCGGACUACGGUAGCCCUAAUUGGACUGCUGGAACUGGUUCAUCAAGUGUCACUAGCUUGAGCUCAACUGAUGGCUUUUCAAAGUUCCCUUCGCCUUCCCCAGUAAGUGGAAAAUUUCCUACUCAUGUUAGUUUAUCGAGUUCAUACAGGUCUCACUACUCAAUUGUAAGACCAAUGACCCCACCUGAAGAGCAAAUGGAACCUGUGGAGUAUUUAAGUCAGAGUCCAGAGAGUCCCAUUAAACGGUCAAUUGCUGACAGCCGCAGGCCGUCUGUUCAGCCAUCAAUCGUUUCCAAGGAGGAUGAUCUUAAAUUCAUGACUUAUAUUGAUUUGAGUAAGUCAGUAUCUACUGUGCAAAUGAUUGCCACUACUGGACGACUACCCCUGUGGCUCCAGCGUUGUACCAAUUUACAGUAUCUCGUCGCCGAGGACUUGGGUCUAUCAAUUAUAGAUGAAUGGGUGUCUACAUACUUGGUUAACUUGAAAGUCAUUCGCCUUAAAAAUAACCAAAUUGCAACCUGGCCGGACCACUUAAGCCGUUUGGUUCCUUAUGGAAAGAUCAAAGUCUUGGAUUUGGAGGGCAACCCUUGCUUGACGAACAUGUUUAAAAAAUCAUCCAGUUUCAAAGCUCUUUACAUUGAAGCCGCUCUUACAGAAGACAACGGCAACGAUGAGCAUUCAGAUUUAGUGUUGAAACGGACACGAAGCAAUGUUUCAAGCAGUCGAAGUAGUAAUACUACAGGCCAUCAAUCAUAUUUAUUCAAGAACAAAAACUCUAAAAAAUUGGAGCAGUCUUCUGAAGGUGAAGAAGAGGAAGAUGAAGAUGAUGACGAUAUGCUUACAUCCUUGGUACCUAAAGUUCCUGCCUUACCAGUACUACGAAAGCACGCCUCUGCUGGCGGCUUACAUGCCAAAUUUGCCAACAAAAAUGUUCUAGUACUUUGUAAGUCAGAACAUGGACAUAAUACUACUAGUCCUAAAAAGUCUUUGGCGACUACUGACGAUUACCAAAAGUCGAAGGUGACUCAGAAUAAGGAGUUUACUGAAACAGAUAUUUCAAAAACUUCUGUUAUUCUCCGUUUCUUGCAUGAUGUCUAUGAGCUUACGACUAGAGAGCAUCUUGACAAAAUUUCAUCUAGCGGACAGUCCCUUAAAAGAAGACCAUCGUCUUCCGGUAGCUCGUCGGUCAUGUCCUUCGGUCCUUAUACACCACCCCACAGUCGGCUCCACAGCUUGGACGGAUUCUCGACCGCACCAUUUAAUCCUCAAAUUAACAUGCCAGAGUUUGUUCAGCGUCUGACAGAGUUUCUUGAAGAAGAGAAAGUUUUUGUUGCCAAGAUGAAAGAGAUGAUGGCCGUCUACUCCACUAAGCCUAAGUUAAUGAAAAGGGCAGAAAUCUUGUUCAACCAAGUGCCUGAGCUUAUCCAUUUACACGAAGAUAUCUGCCUAGAUAUUUUCAGUAGCAGUUUGAACAGAGCUAUUCAUGGUCAAGAUAACCACCUCGAGGUAUUUGCAUCUAGUGUUGUGCUAGCAAUGAACAGCUUUCAUAGGGUGCACGUUGCAUUUGCCAAAGGAUGCGAGACUGCUAAAAGACGAGCUCGCUUUUGGAUUAAGCUUCGAAGACAGAAUUUCGCUUCUACUAGCAUGUAUUACGGCGGCGAAUAUACCUCAGGUGUGCUGGCUCAACACCCAGAAUGUGACAUUGGCGAAUGGUUGAGAGCAUGUGCCACUCUCAAAAAACACACCCUGGAUUCCAUCCUUGAGUAUCUGGAGCUUCCUUUGGCCAGGUUUGAAGCCUAUAAAAGCUUCUUCUCAUCAGUGGCUAGUUUAUUCCCUUCACUUGAUCCUGUUCAUAAGAGAGUUGAUUUGAUUUACCACGAGAUACAGGCUGUGCUACCUUUGGAAGCAAGGGAAGCAAGAUAUGCCGAGCUCAAGAAAUUAAUCAAAAUGCCAACCACAAAUUUUGGUGCAUACUUGUGUGAUAGUAAUGUCGUGCUUCAGAGCAAACUUUCACUAGGCGAAGUCAACAUUGCUAAGGGGAAAACAGGUGAUAUUAUGUAUCAGGCUCCUGGCACUAUAGAGAAAAACAUUCCAAGGUAUGCUGAGUUUGAUGUCAACGAUAUUACCAAACCUCCAAAAGGGUCUCACUUUAGAUUGAUUAUCAUGGAACACGCUGUUUUAGUGGUCAAUGAGGCCAAGAGAAACAUUGGCCGAGUUAUUCUCAAGAAGGAUAUUCAUGCUUCUUCGCCAUGGGAGAUGGAGAGCAUGACAGCUAAGACUGGUGGCGACAAGCAAGUUGCCGUUGGAUUUAGUAAGUGUCUAAAAGUUUCUAUUCAUGAUAGUUCAGAAAUAUGGUAUCUUCACUUGAGAACAUUUACCGGCGACUACUCAGGGCGUUCUCUGAAUGAGACCAGAUCCGAACUCAUCAAUGCCAUCAAUUACCAAAAUAAUAAUUGA